AACGUCACCGCUAGCAUAAAAACAACGGAGCGAGCCUUUAGUUCACUAGUAUCGCUACUCUACGUUGGAUUGUUUUGCUGUGUGAAAAUGUCACAGAAAAUGUCGAAAUUUGGCUGUAAGGAGGGUCCUGUCCUUAAAGCUGGUCAUCGUCCUGCAGUGAAGGCUGGAGGUAAACGUAUAGGCAAGAAAAGCUUGGAAGAUGGUGCAACUCAUGGGACACCAGAGACAAAAAGCAGGUCUCUUGGCACCUUUACCAGAAUGCAGCAGGUUGGCAUUCUUCUGGGAGGAACUCUUGACAAGCUGAGUCACAGCUUCCCAGAGACCCCUGUGGGUGUGAGACACAGUAGGAUGCGGCCAUCAGUGGAGAAGCCCCACCUCCAGCGGACCUUUUUCAUCCAGCAGCCCAGGAAGUAGGGAGCUCCUCAAAAAGAAGCUCCAACAAUAUU